CGUCAAAACUCAAAAUAUGAAACUGUAAUUGAGAAAAAUGGAGGCUCUGUCAGGUUUAGUAAAAGUUACGUUGCCGAAUUAUUUGUCCAAUUUACCAAUUCCAGACUCAUUCACGGGAUGGUUUAAGCUUGGAUUUCGUGAUUGGCUCUGCUUGGUACCGCCAACCGCCGCUGUUGCCGGCCUAGGUUAUGUUUCAUAUUUGGCAUUCUGUCCAGAAGCACGGAAAGGUUCGAAAGUGGCUCGCGUCAAUAAAUUGAUUCGCUUGGAGGACGCCAAAGUGGCCGAUUUUGUUGACAUCGAAGAUAUUGCCGAAAAAGCAGCAUUUUGCAGAUGUUGGAAAUCAAAGAAUUGGCCAUAUUGCGAUGGAUCGCAUGGUGUACACAACAAAGAAUGUGGCGACAAUCUUGGACCGGUGGUACUUAAGAAAAAUCCCGAUAAAAAAUGAACGUGAAAUUAUGAAAUCUUCGUAGCUUUAUCCGGCCAAAAUGUUAUUGUAUAUAUUUGCCGGUGCACAGACUUUCUUUUCAACCGCCUACCCCAAAUAAAGAAUGUGAAAAUUAAAGCCAAUUAA